GUUUUGCUGUUCAUUUAUAGUAUGUUCCAUUAACCAUAUAUUUAGUUUUCUUUUUUGAUUUUCUGAAGCCCGAAAAAGCUUCAUAGCCUUUCUUGUAUCUGCUUUAUCUUUUAAUGUUUCCCCUCUUUUUUUUCUUUUUAAAUAAAGAUGAUUUCCCCCACUCCUAACCCGUCUUUUUUCUUUUUUGACUAACAUUAUUAUACUCUUUCUCCUCCUUAUUGGAUGGGGAGAGCAAUUUGUAAAACCUGUCUUCUUUUUUUUUUUAACCAUAAAAGAAGUCAUUGAAGCUAUCAAGAUAAACUAAAGUCAUGACAAUCAUAGAAGUCCAAGACCAUCUGAUCAUGAUUAAUUAUGAAAAACGUUAUCCUAAUUUAUCUGCAAAACUGCCAUUUUUCUAUGUAGACCUUUCUGGAAAUCAGGCUUGAGAAGCUAUCUCAGGAGCUGGGGCGUAUAACUCAUUUCAUCUUUACAGACUCAGAUAUUGCUGUAAUUGAUGACCUAGGACAGAUAUUUGAAAUGCACCAAAACUUUCAUUUGGCCCUCACCUUCAGGAACAACAAAGAGCAGCCGCUGAAUUCUGGAUUUAUUGCUGUGAGGGGUACACGUGAUGGUAUUUUAAGGGCAAAAAUUUUUCUACAAAAAGUAUUGGAAGUCUAUAGUUCCAGAUACAUGAAUGCUUCCCGAAUGCUUGGUGAUCAGUUAGCUCUUGCCUGGGUUGUAAAAUCCCAUCCCUCUUUUGAUGGAAAAAGAUUUAGUAAAGCACAGGCUUUUAUAAAAGAGAUUGGUGGUGCAUCGGUGCUAUUUUUACCAUGUGCUACAUAUAAUUGGACACCACCAGAGGGUGCUGGCCAGUUUCAUGGCAUGCCUCUGGAUGUUAAGGUUGUUCAUUUUAAAGGAUCAAGGAAACGCCUAAUGCUUGAGGCUUGGAACUUUUUCAGUUCUUCUGCUGACAUUUCAGAUAUGUUGUGCCUCAUCUUGAAGAGUGGAAGAACAAAAUAUGACUUUUGAGUAAUUUCAUUUGGUUUUGCAUAGCUAAUACAUCUUAUGAUACAUUGAUGGAGGGGAGUGGUAGGGAAAUUACCCAUUGUGUCACGCAAGGUUAUCCACUUUGGGUGGCACCCGACAUCGUUCCUUAGUGGGGGUAUGAUUUCCCACUUUUUGGUCGAAUCUGAUAUUCCUGAAUACAUUAGCAGAGGAGCUUACAGAGACUCAAGAUCGUGGAAAUGCGACUGAUUCUUUUGCUGGAUAUAAAAGACUAUAUUGACAAGCUUCAAUUCCUUUGAUGUACACUCUUAUACUUUCUCUAUUUCGGUUUCCUUUUUCUUGGGGUUCGAAACUUGGAAACAUAGGCUGGAAUCUGAUACUGAUUUUGUAAAAUUUGCAAAUUUUCCUUCUUAACAAUUGGAGUACAAAUGUACAAUUGUAGUGUCGGUUUGGUUCAAGCAGAUGUGCCAGCGAAAUUUUCUUGCCACCCUGACUGAUCAACUUUUUGACUUUGUUUUUCAUUUUGCAAAUGCCACAAUGCAGGUAAAAAGCGAUUAAUAAGAGUCAAUUAACAG